AGCGCUUACCUCUCGUAUUUGGUGUCUAAAGUGAUCAUCGACGGGUGAAGUCGCGACAUAAGAAGGCAUCAUCACUGGAACAGAAAAGAAACAGAAAGAGAGAUGAAGAUGUUGACAGUAUAUUUACUUGUGUUUUGCGUUGUAGUAGUAUCCUCAAAACCAUGGGUAUGGUUUGGAUAUGAUCAUACGACACAAAAGAAUAAUAACUGUACAAUACCGAUGAAUAAAUGGCAAGAAGUAAAAGAAGCAGUGGAAACUGACAAAAUUGAAUAUAAAGUUAUACCACUAAAAAUUACAUCGACUGACGAAAUAAAUAAACAAAAUAUAUCAUCGAGAAACUCAAUAAAUGAUACUCGAACUCGUAUUGAUUUCUUACUGGUGAGUUUUAAGACAUGUAUGGACUUCUUAAUUAUUUUCUUAUUCAUGUCAUGUGUCAAUGAGACAAUAAGCCAUUAGCAUAUUUAAUUUUUUGAUAAUUCAUAAAACAAUAAUUGCACAUAGUGAUUUUUAUUUCGCGGUAAAGUGUCAAAAUACUUGGUUUACUUACACAUUCAGCCGAAGACUACGAAUAUAAAAUUGACUAUAAAAUAACUAUUUCCAGUAUUUUUAAUAUUUCUAGUGAAAUCAGAAAAUCUUAUACAUGUAUAAGAUUUAAACAGUCUGCGCUUUGUGUAAUUAUAUUAGAAAUGUUCAAUAUUCAUUUAGAAUGUAAUCCAUAGACGAUAAGAUAUAAAACUCUAUUCAAUGUUAAUAAUUAAAUAUCGUCGAAUUAAUAAGCGAAUUGAAUUUCGCUUACUUAUAUUUCUAUGUAAUUAUUAUAUACUUCUAUUAUUUCUAUAACCUUCUAU